CCUAGCAGAGCCGUCACGGAGUCGCACAAAGAACAGUGUACUGUGGCUGUGCUACGCAGAAAGUGGAACGCUCGUAGUGAGCGACAAACAAGACCUUGCUUGGAAUAGGACUUGGUAUAUAUACUGUGCUGAACUCGGUAUAGUGUGAUCUGCAUGUAAUUUCACCGACAUCUAUAAAUAACACCUAAUUAAGCUUGCAAGUGUGGAUAGAGUUGGCGCGCAGUCUUCGCCCUAAGGAAUACGGAAGCGAGAAGGCGAGAACUGCCACUGCUGACAGACGCCAGCCACGUUACUACGGCGGCCGUAAAUAUGUCAGACAAGGAAAACAUUCCACGUCGUCAGCGGUCAGCGUCUGAUACCUCCACUCUGAGCGACUUUGGUCAUCGCCCGACGUUUGAGCGUCGCGCUAGCGGAGUGAAGCUAGUGCGACAAAAUAGCAACGUGGUCGGUCCGAUUCUCGUCGAGGUACAGGACGACUCGGGCAAUGUCGACUUUCCACACAUAGAUGAGCCAGAGGAUGACAGCACCGGUCAGUUGCAGAUGAUGAAAUGGCUACUACAAGCGGAUGCUAGUCUGGCAAUGCUUGGCAAUCAGCUGACACUGGACGACGUUGAGGAGAAGAUCGCGCCCAUCAUGGAGGCUGCAGAAACGAGGAAGAAGGAGCUGCAGCAGCUACUCGUAGAGCACGCGUCUCUCGUUGCAAAGAUCAACACGUCCGAGGGUUCCGUCAGGCAGAAGAUGGCGCCCAAGCGACAGCACACGAUCGCAUAACCGUGCGCGGCUCCCUGCAAUGCAACACGGCAAACACGCGAACUUGCUCUCUCUUUCCCUACAGGCACAGGAGACGUGCACGUUCGGCUGGGGAGGGGUGACACGCAGCAGGUGCUAAUGCAUCGAUUACCGGCAAAUCGACGUCACAGGCACGUUAUUGUACAUCAAUCAUCUAUCGAUUAGUCCUAGAGAUCAAGCAGGUCAACGCGCGCAGUUUGGCGGUGUAGGACGUCCCAAAGAUUACCAUUUGCGCAUUGAUAUUUUGAUAGCAGUAAUCGUCUCCACGAACCAGUGUUGCAGUUCACUCGCAGCAAUAUUUACACACAAUCACUCUGGAAGCAAUACACUGUUACAAAGACACACAUGGUUAUAGCAGUAGACCAUGGACAUGCCAUAUGACUGCAGUAUGAGAAACGGGUAGCUUAACAGCCUGGAGGGGUCUUCGACCAAAGGGCCAACGUGCACCUCCGAAAAUAAUACAUGUACAGUAGAAAUUUGAUGAUCAGUCAGACGAUCGGCAUAUUUUAACAAGGUGCGAGCACCCACACUGCUCUCUAGAGCACUCUAAUUAACGGGGCCAGAGUUUCAAAAACAUGGCUUCAGUGACCAGUAGCCACUUGCCUAUUUGUACCGAUUAUAUGAGCAACAUGCGUGAUUGAGAGAUUUGGCCCCUGAAGUUUCUCACAUUUGCAGGUGAUUGAGAUGGAGAUGACGAUGAAGGUUUAUGAAAGUUAACGCUACUGGCUUACUUGUCAAUGGAAACUGUGGUAUUGAGUACUAAGUGAUCAAUUGUUUUAUUCGAACGAAUAUUUUUGUAUUGUUAUCGCACUCGUUGAAAAUCAAUAUGAAACGGAUGUCAUGUAAAAUAAAAUGCGUUUUCUUUCUGUAGAUGCGUGGUUGAAACAAGGUUGGGCACGUGUGACCCACCGUAGAUGCACAUAAAGGUGUUACGAGUGAUAAACUGUGCCCCAGCAUUAAAAAAAUUCCACCGUAGAUGCAAGAAUAUUUUCAUAGACUACUGUCGUGUCAAUAAUGACUUUUUGACCCAUAUAUCAGGUUACAAUACAUGUAAACGUAUGGUAGGCCUAUUUCUAAACGUUUUAUUUUAGGCGAGGUGCUUGUAUAUAAGUAGGCGAAAUGCAGACGUGUUAAAAUAACGUAACAAGAUGUUAUUUGCGAGUAUCCGAGGCCGUGAACCCUGCAACGUGACAGGUGAAUUUGUUGUGCACGGAUACCAUAACUGUAAAGAGAGUAUUCAGACCAAUAAUUCGUGAACCUGACUAUUCUUAUGGUCAUGUAAAGCUAAUUCGUCAAGAAUUAACCUUGUGGACGCAGCCACAGGAAUAUUUGAAAUCAGUACAACAAUGGCCACGAGCAAAAUUGUGUCGUGCAACUUUGUAAUUGUACGGCAUAAAAGUGUGCAAGUCUUUCGUC